AUGCAGCAAAGUUUGUUAAUUUGUGUAACACUUUCGGUCAUGCUUGUUGGUUGUCUUGGAGCGCCGGCCGAUCCCGUGGCCACGCCGUACAUCUUGCAGUACGAAAGCAAUAAUGCACAGAACGAUGGCUACAGUUUUCAGUACGAGUUGAGCGAUGACCAAAAGCGCAAGGAAGAGGGCACCAUACGGUCCGGCCAGGACAAGGAAGGCAAAGAUGUGCAGUUCGUGGCCGUCCAAGGACGCUACUCGUUCGUUUCGGACGAUGGCCGCACCUACUGGGUGGAGUACGAAGCCGACGAGAAUGGAUACCGCACCCGGAUGGGCACCGGAGCCUAA